AGAAACCCAACUCCGACACGGAGGGAUAUUACCGUUACCCCCACGAGGAACUCUUCCCGAGAGGGAAAAACCUUUUCGGUUGACCGAACCGACGCAAUGCUGAGGCCAAAAGAGAGCGGAAUAGAGGCCCCAACAACAGCGGCCGGGAGCAAAGCGCUCCCCGUCACGUCUGAACGCUCUAACCUCGAGCGCCCGCGCUGGCUCGGGGCCCCGACUCGCGGUUAGCGCGCUUAAGAGGCGUGAGGCGAAGAAGCGAGCGUUUCUGCUCGUGGCCGCCGUCGCGGCUGUUUCAAAACUGAGGCGGGUGCUGCGCGCCAGGAGCCGAGCCAAGGGGGCGGGGCCUCGUGUGUGAACUGAGGGAGCCGCGGCGGCGGCGGGUGAAGUUAGCAGAUUUAUUUUCAUUUCCCCCCUUCUCUCUCUAUUUUUGCGGCCGCCCUGUCAGGAGUCCCCCUAACCCCGGCUCCGCGCGGCCGCUGACAGGGGGCUGGAAGCCGCUCCUGCCGCCUCCUCGCUUUCCCAUUAGCAGCUCCCGCCCACCAGCCCACCGGGCCGGGGCCUGACGGACCGACUGACAGACCCGCUUCUCCUUUCUUUCCGGGCUGGUGGGGAAGCGGCACCCCUCGCGCGGCCCCGCGCCUCAGUUGCCAGGUCGGUCUGCCGGCAGCUCCCGCCUCCCCUCCUCCGGAGCUUCCCAUGCAGGGGGCUGACGAAGAGGAGCCGCCAAGCGCCAGGGCAAUGAACACUAGUAGACCUGCCAUUCUUAUAAGCAGCCCUACAGUGAUAAGCCAGUGUGCCCAAAGAGAGACGGAAGAAAACACAACAUGGCCUAAACAGCAGCAGCAGAACAACUUUUCCUUGUUUACUUCCACCAAAGGCUGGAAUUUCAGAGGGAAGAAACGCAAGCAGAGCGCCCAGAGCGAAGAUGUAAUCAGUGUCUGCAGCUUUGACUCAAAUGAGCCCAGUAAUAAGCGGGUCAGGCCUCUUUCUAGAGUGACAUCACUAGCAAGUUUAAUUCCUCCUGUUCGAGCAACUCCUUUGAAACGAUUCGGUCAGACGCUUCAGCGUUCCAUCAGUUUUCGCAGUGACAGUCGGCCAGAUCUGCUUGCCUCAAGACCCUGGACUAGAAAUGUACCCCCUGCUAGCACCAAGCGAAGAGACAGUAAACUUUGGAGUGAGACCUUUGAUGUUUGUGUCAAUCAGAUGCUGACAUCCAAAGAAAUCAAGCGGCAAGAGGCAAUUUUUGAACUUUCACAAGGAGAAGAAGACUUGAUAGAAGACCUGAAGUUAGCAAAGAAGGCUUACCAUGACCCAAUGCUUAAACUUUCCAUCAUGUCAGAGCAAGAAUUAAACCAAAUAUUUGGGACACUGGACUCUUUAAUUCCUUUGCAUGAAGAUCUUCUUAGACGGCUAAAAGAAAUUAGGAAGCCUGAUGGAUCUACAGACUGUGUUGGUCACAUCCUUGUGGGCUGGUUGCCUUGUCUAAAUUCCUACGAUAGUUACUGUAGCAACCAGGUAGCUGCCAAAACUUUGCUGGACCAGAAGAAGCAGGAUCAUCGAGUUCAAGACUUCUUACAGCGUUGUCUAGAGUCACCUUUCAGCCGUAAACUGGACCUCUGGAAUUUCCUUGAUAUCCCAAGAAGCCGUCUAGUGAAGUACCCACUACUGCUUAGAGAGAUUCUGCGACACACGCCAAACGAUCAUCCAGACCAACAGCACAUCGAAGAAGCUAUUAAUAUUGUCCAAGGAAUAGUGGCAGAAAUCAACAAAAAGACGGGUGAAUCUGAAUGCCAGUAUUACAAAGAGAGGCUAAUUUAUCUUGAUGAAGGCCAAAAGGACUCCUUGAUAGAUGAUUCACGUGUUGUGUGCUGUCAUGGUGAACUAAAGAACAACCGGGGAGCGAAAUUGCAUGUGUUUCUCUUCCAAGAAGUACUGGUAAUUACUCGAGCUGUUACACAGAAUGAACAACUCUGUUACCAAUUGUAUCGGCAACCCAUCCCUGUGAAGGAUCUUGUGCUAGAAGACUUGCAAGAUGGAGAGGUGCGAUUGGGUGGAUCCAUACGUGGUGCAUUUAGCAACAAUGAGAGAAUUAAAAACUUCUUUAGAGUCAGCUUCAGAAAGGGAUCUCAAAGCCAGUCUCACUCACUGCAAGCAAAUGACACCUUCAACAAACAGCAGUGGCUCAACUGUAUCCGUCAAGCCAAAGAAUCAGUCUCCUGCGCAUCAAGCGAAAUCCGGACACUUGAUUCUGAAGACCCCUUACUAACAUCAUCGAGUACAUCAUCAAGUAGGAACAGAAUACCCCGGCAGGAAUCUAAGCUUGAGCAAAUGGACCAAUCAGACAGUGGGUCUGACUGUAGUAUGGACAUCAGUGAAAUCAGCAUUGACUGUGACCACAUGGAGCAGACAUACCCUUGGCAGACUGACAAAGAGAUAGAAAGCAAUGUCUGACAACAACUGCAUAGUGGUCUUCUGUGUCUUACCUGUACAGUAUUUGCAUUCCGCAUAUGGAACAAGAAGCACUUUUUAAUAUUUUUGUCACAAUGUCAACUCAGUCUCUAUUAUAUUUGUACCUUUAAACCAUAGUACUGUAACUGCUGGUGUGCGUAAUUUGAUAUGGCAACUAUAAUCCUGUGAUAAUUCUGUAAACGUCUCUGUGGCUGAGAGAGGUUAUUUGACCAAUUAUUUCCAAUGUCUUGCUGGUAGAUAUGACCUCUAAGCUACUGUUUUUAUGCAUAUUACAUACCAAGAAUCUCUGUUUUAUAAAGUGCCCUAUUUUGACCUCUCACAAGGCAACCACACACAAGGACAUGAACAAAGCAUUUUAAAGCUAUCACAUCCAGAAAUUGUGAAUGAUGUGUGUAGGUUUCAAAAAAAGCUUGAAAGACUAAAACUAAGAGUCUCAUUGAUUGGUGACUUUCAUCAUCUUAAUUUAACAGUUAUGGCCAGUGCAGAAUAUGUAUUUUCUCAGUUCACAGAUGCAAGCUAAAAGGUCAUUUGAAAGUAAGUUGUGUGCCAGUACUGAAAUUUCAGGUGAAAAUUCCAGUUUAUAUGAUGGUGUUUUCUGAUAAUUGGAUGGUAGUUUACCUACUGUCCCAUUUAGAAUAAAGCAUUAAAAGCGUAAAGAAGCUGAAACAUCAAAAUACUUCAUUUAAAUUGCUGUGUUUUGUUUUAUGUAGCCCUUUCUGUGUGCACAGCCAGACAGUUUGUAUGCAAAAUGGUGCUUCUAAAAUAUUAACAUUUUAGCUGUAUCUAAUGUUAUACUGCCCUCAGGAUAGCCAUUUUGUGAUGUCUACAAAAAUAAGCCUUUCUUCUGUCAUCCCAGUGUCCGCUGCCUGCUCUCUUAUGUGUGAUUCACAGAUACAGACACUUCUAUUAAAAGACCUGUAUGGGGAACCUGUUCAGUGUCAUCCUCAAGGCCAGAAUUGAGAACAAAGCCCAGGUGGGCUCCCCAGACUUCUGUAACAGGCUUACAGAAAGUUAGGACUGGGACUACACCACAUGCUAAUAAAAAUGUUGAUUUCUUAUUGGCUCUGUUCAGAGAAUUAACCUCCAUGUUAUUUGGGUGUGUUCUGGCUUAAUUAUGAUUAAAGUAAGGGGUGACUCUAAAUUUUAUAACUAUGGUUUGCAAUCAUUUUUCUAAUGCAACCCACCAGAGGAAUUUUGCUUAUUCAGGAGUCAGCUACAAACACACACACACACUGCAUAUUUGUUUCUAAAGACAUAUGCACACAGCAUUCACUAUUGCUGCAUCUCUAGAAACUCACACCUCAAAAAGUGUUUGACCCACUCUUUCGACCUAUUGGUCUGAAAAUUACAUUUGACUAGCCUGGCACCCUUAAAGUAGGUAAAAUGUCAAUAAAAUUUGUAUUUAUGAAUCAAACUCUAAUUUCAAAUGUAAGGUUAAACAGUACUGUAAUGCUGAAUUUGACCCUUUCUAAAGAAGGGUCCUGAAAUUUGCAACCUAGUGCACUGAAAUGUUAUCUGAUACCACUAUUUCCAUUUUCUGCACAGUGUAGAGUCUAACGUCAGCACUGCAGAAGCAUUGAUAUUGCCAAAAUACAUACUUCAUACAUUUUACAUGUUUACAGAAAAACUGUAAGAGUAAAUAAGAUGUCAAUUUUAAUUUGUAAAGAUGUUCUGCUGUGUUAGAAGAAUCGUGCUGAGAUAAUUGAUAAGAAAGCAGGUUACCUAUAUUUUUUCAAACAAAAUUAUGGUCAAUUUUACUCUAUAGAACAUAUUUCUGUAUGUAUAGGUUUUAAAUAUGGUUGUUUUCUAUUUCAGGCUUGUAAUUUAUUUUAAUUGCUUCAUUUUGGAAGUUGAGUAUUAGCCAAUCCAGAGUAAGUGGAAGUAUUUUUCAAAAUAGAAGGAAGUAGAAAGUAUAUUAGGAUGUGAACUACUGAAAUGACAAAUACUUGCCAAAAUGUUGGAGAUACUGUGUAAUGUCUUCAUUUCUUAAAAAUAAUUGAUGUAUUGAUUAAAUCUCUCUCUCUUUUUUUUUUGCAUAAUAGCCUUACACUGUUCUCAAAGCAUUUCAAAUAAAUUACACUGAACUGUCUAUUUUUUAAA